UAAUUUAUAUGCAUAUACUACUUUUACUUCUAAUAAAUACUAUCUAUGUAGAUUUGAAGAGCUAUGUGUUUUUAUUUAGUGCGUAAACAGAGCCUUUUUCUAAGAAUGAAAAGAAUGAAUUAACAAAAUUUUAUGGUUUAUGAAUUCAUAGCAAUCCUAAUGUUUCUGUUCAGAUCAGUAGAUCGAGAUCAACAGGGCUGGAUAAUAACGUGGGGAAUGAACUUUGGUCACGUCACUGAUUGUGGUCAGCGGCUUCCUGGCCCCUCGGCGCGUUUGCCCCCUCUCCCUGCCCCUCCGUAGGGCAGGUAGGCUGCGGGCUGCAGGGUGUGUGCGCGGAAGCUGGCAGGUGAAGAGCUGCCGUCUCUCGGUGGGUUUCGGCCAAUGCAGCGAACAGAUUUACCACUUAUUCCAAAAUGAGGACUCAUGCAAACAUCCGGAUUUGUUACGCACACGCCACUUGGCUCUAGACUCGGGAUUCGGCGGCGAGCGUGGGCGAAGGGACCGCAGGAACUAACGGGAAAUUCAACCGUCAGCUGGCCGGGGAAGCCGACCGCACCGCCCGGCUUCCGGGGAUUCAGGGGCCGCAUCGGUUGACGGCAGACGUCGGUCGGCAGCUCGGGGGGGACAGGGCGAACAACCACAUCACCGCCGACAUCCACGACGCGACUCCAGCCACUUUGGAGAUGUCCAGAAAGCUGCAAAGGACAGAAGUCUGCGCCGACUGCAGUGCGCCAGACCCGGGCUGGACCAGUAUCAACCGAGGGGUCCUGAUCUGUGACGAAUGCUGUUCAGUCCAUCGCAGCUUAGGCCGUCACAUCUCUAUAGUGAAGCACCUGAGGCACAGCGGUUGGCCUCCCUCAUUGCUGCAGAUGGUUCAGACCUUGGCCAGUAAUGGGGCUAACUCCAUAUGGGAACACAGCCUCCUGGACCCUGCUCAGGUACAGAGUGGUCGUAGGAAACCCAACCCCCAGGACAAAGUCCACCCCACUAAAUCAGAGUUCAUUAGAGCCAAAUAUCAGAUGCUGGCCUUUGUGCACAAGCUGCCCUGCCGUGAUGAUGAUGGCGUCACUACUAAGGACCUCAGCAAGCAACUUCACUCCAGCGUGCGGACAGGAAGUUUAGAGACGUGUCUUCGGCUCCUGUCCCUCGGAGCUCAGGCCAACUUCUUCCACCCGGAAAAGGGCACUACCCCGCUCCACGUUGCAGCCAAGGCAGGCCAGAUUUUACAGGCUGAGCUGCUAGUAGUGUAUGGUGCAGACCCCGGAGCACCUGACAUCAAUGGACGCACACCUAUGGAUUAUGCUAGGCAAGCGGGCCAUAUAGAGUUAGCAGAGCGGCUAGUAGAGUGUCAGUAUGAGCUGACGGACAGGCUGGCCUUUUACCUAUGUGGACGGCGUCCAGAUCACAAGAAUGGCCAUUAUAUCAUCCCUCAGAUGGCAGACAGUUUGGACCUCUCAGAACUUGCCAAGGCAGCUAAGAAGAAGCUCCAAGCGCUCAAUAAUCGACUGUUUGAGGAGCUAGCGAUGGACGUCUAUGAUGAGGUGGAUCGCAGGGAGAAUGAUGCAGUGUGGCUUACGACCCAAAACCACAGCACUCUGGUAACAGAGCGCAGUGCGGUGCCUUUCCUGCCAGUCAAUCCAGAAUACUCUGCCACCCGCAACCAGGGCCGCCAGAAGCUGGCCCGUUUCAAUGCUCGGGAGUUUGCCACGCUCAUAAUCGACAUCCUGAGUGACGCCAAAAGGAGACAGCAGGGAAAAGGUCUCAGCAGCCCUACUGAUCCCUUAGAUCUGGGCAUUGAUGACGACCAGCAUGAUUACGACAGCGUAGCUUCUGAUGAAGACACGGACAGCGAGCUGAACACACAGAACAACAACAACACACAGCGCACUAACCGUGCAAAGAGUAUGGACUCUUCAGACCUGUCAGACGGUCCCAUCACAUUGCAGGAGUAUUUGGAAGUGAAGAAGGCCCUGGCCUCGUCAGAAGCCAAGGUGCAGCAGCUGAUGAAGGUCAACAACAAUCUGAGCGAGGAGCUCCGGAGGCUCCAGAAGGAGAUCACGCGGAUGCAGACUGAGAACAGUGUGCUGCGGGGCAGCCAGCAGGCUGGGGGGACAGUUGGCCAUGGGGUAGGGGUCCCUGCCGGAGCAGGAGGGGUGGGAGCGCAUUGGCAAGGGGGUAUGAUGCGAGGAGUAAUCGGUGGAGGAGGUAUGGGUGGGUUUGGGGCCGGAGUGGACUCCCCUGGGCUCUCAGUGCCCUCCUCAGUCACCCCCCACUCCCACCCUCACCGAAGGGACCGCCAGGCAUUUUCAAUGUACGAGCCCGGUGCGGCCCCCAACCCCACAGCCCAUGGUCCCCCAGCUCUGGACUCCCUGGCAGCCCGCCUGCAGCCACUCAACACACCCAGUGUAAGAAAGGGUAGUACAGGAGGUCCUGUGUCGUAUGGGGGUCAGCAUCUGUCUGGAUCUACAGAGAUGGGCAGAUAUAUGGUGCCUAAACCAGAGAAACACGGUAGUGGCACGGACAGUGACUAUGACAACACACAAACGUAUGACGUCUCUCUAAGUAUGGGCCGCAGCAGCGAGGAAGAAGGUCGUGGGGAGUCCGAGGGGGGGGGUGGUGAAGUUGGGGAGCCGGACCCCACUCUUCCCUGCACAGAGGAUGUCAUACUCAAGACUGAGCAAGUGACCAAAAACAUCCAGGAGCUGCUCAGAGCUGCUCAGGAGUUCAAACACGACAGCUUUGUUCCGUGUUCUGAGAAGAUCCACGCUGCUGUAUCUGAGAUGGCCUCGCUCUUCCCUAAACGCCCAGCGUUGGAUGCAGUCCACUGCUCGCUCCGGCUGUUGGCUUCCAGUGCCUCACGUUUGCAAGUGGAGUGCCGUAAGGCCGCACCCUCAGAGCCUGGGGCACCCGCAGUGGACUAUCAGCUCCUCACUCAGCAGGUCAUCCAGUGCGCCUAUGACAUUGCCAAGGCUGCAAAGCAACUGGUCACGAUUACCACUCGUGAGAAGAAACAGUGACCUGCAAAAUGCAUGAAUAGUUGGAUGGAGAGGAAAGAGGGGAAGAGAACGGAUCAGUGUAUUAAUGGACGAAGCAGGGAUGGGCCUCAAGGAGAGGAAGGAAGAGGGAUAACAACAGGACAGCGUAAGUGAAAGGACGAAGGACGGGAAGUGGCUAAGACAAAGAUGGCUGCGGUAAAGACAGGAAGACACUACAGAGAAGUUUGAAAAAUGCUUGAGAAGAAAUAAAAGUUGAGGAGAAACACUACAGAGGACUGACACUGCAAAUUUGAAAUGUGGAAGAGAAAGUAGGGAAGGACGGGUCCAAGAUGGAGACUACAACCUGAAGCAGGAAAAACUGUUGGAAUUCAAUGUGUACAGAAAACCUCUUAAUUUGUGAUAAGCAGACAUGAAAAACAAAGGUGGCGAUGUACAGCGAACUGGAUCCUGGGAUCUUACCACUUUAUUUAUUCCUACCUGUCACUCAUGAUACCUUUCUCUCCCCGUUGGCCCAACCUGGGAAGGGAGGUGUUGUUUGCAAGACAGUAAAGCAGACAGAAGAACAUAUCCCACACUAUUUCUCCCUCUUUGUUUUGCCCUUUACAGAGUCAGGACGUUUCUCCUCUAGUUUCCUUUGAGCCUCUCUUUCUCUUCAGACAGUCACGAGGCCCAUCUCUGGCCUGUUCUGUCCCAAACAGGAUGAGCUACUGGUUCCAGUGAGACCCAUCUAGCUCUCAUCCUACACCUAAUGCACCGGCUACGCAGAUGGGUUUUGUCUUUUCUCCACCUGUCACCCCCUCUGUUGAUGGCGAUGCACAGCAUGAUCUGGCAUGUUUUCAUGUCUUUUUUUUUUCCUUGUCCUUUUGAAUAUGCAGAUUGGUUUGGUCUGCACCUCUGAGGAGAAACAUAACUGACUUACACAAACAAAACAAUUACACUGGAAUAAUUGAGUUAUUGUUGUUUAUCAUGCCUAUUGUUUUUUUUGUAUUGACAUUUUUACAGACUGUCAUCUUGAUUUAAUUGUUUGUAUGUUUAUUUCAUUGUCUCAAACGAUUCUCAUUUAGUGGGAGUGGGAGGUGUGUGCUUUAACAUCUUACUGGGAUCUAAAAUGAGCGUACACUUAAAAAUAACCUGUGAAACAUCCCUCAGCCUUUCACAAGCACUCCAUUUCUGAGUGACACUCGAGGGUCUUUGUCGUCUUGUUGUGAAAUGUCCUGUGGCCAAGAGAUGGAACAGUUGUCAAAGAGGGCGAAGGAGAGGGAUUUGUCUUUGGCUUGAUUUCCUGUCAGGCCGAGAGACUCUCUGUGCGUUGCUACAGGAUGUGGAUCAGAGUUCAUGUAUCCUUUUAGAAGCUUGAUUUAUCCUACUAUUUGCCUCAUUUAACAGAAGCCAGUGGAAUCAUCUCACAAUCAAUCCCAUAUUCAUGUCUGCUGUGCCAAUCGAAGGGUGAUGAAAUGGAGUGCACUCUUAGGUCCAGUUUGUCGAUGAGGAAGUAACCCUCCAGUGUUGCUUUAACACACUAAGCUACCUGCACAGCGAGUGCUGUCCUGGACGCUUGCAUUACACAGCACGGGCAUUGACAUGCGCGUUAGCAAAUGGUCACAGUUGAAACAACAUAGUGACAUGUUGCAGCUUUAAAUGGACACGUAGAAAGAACUAGGCCCAUCAACCUGGAGUUACUGUACGCGCGCUGAGGAAUCCUCACUGCGUCGUUCCAUCCACCUCAAACGGGCGCGAUUUUGUUUGCCGUGUGUUAUUUUCACUCUUCAGACUGUGUGGCAAGCACAAUCAAGCUCCCGUUCUGUUUUCUGGUUGAUUCUGUCACAGCCUGCUGAUGCGGGUCACAGAACCUAUUUCUCCUCCACUGUCUCUGAGCUUUUCCAGUGGGAGACGUCAUUGGGAACAAAAUGUUUUCUUUUUACAGAUACCGCACUCAGCUUACUGUACGUUUGAAUCUCUUACUGUGCCGAACAAAUGUGGUCCGAUCUGAUGUGAGCAGAUAGAAUCUGAAGUAGUUCGUAGGUGCUUUUUUAGGGCUGAUGAACUCGAAGCAUUUUCACUUAUCCUGCAGCUCAUUUUUCAGUAGCUUUUCUAGCUGGUUAUUGCAUCGUUUUUCUCUGCACAUCAACAUUUGAUUAACCAAACCUCAUUUUAACAUCCUUCAAAUAGCCAUUACUGUACAUCUUCAGCUUUUAAGAGGGAGCUAUUUCCCCAUAAUUGACACCAAACACUUUGAAAUAUUGAUGCUAGACCACCUUCAUCUGUUCCCAGUCUGCUUUGUUCCUCUUUAGUUUUUCACGUCUGAUCAUCACCCGAGGUGUCAGACUGUCAGUGUUCCUCAGUCUCACACAGUUGUGCAUAUCUCUGUUGGGGGGAGGUUGGAGCGGUUUCUCUGUUCCCUGUCCAAACGAAUCAUGUCUUGAUGACUUUUGAAAUGUAUGAUUGUUUAAUAUCGAAUGCCUUUGCACAUCAUCAUCUCCUGUUCGACAAGCUGAGCUACAGUGAUGUACUGACUGCUGAUCCAAGAGAAACACAAACACAUGGGGGUCUGUCCCUUCAAUCAUGAUCACCCAAGUUAUAGACUAGAGCCAUAUAUGAACAUAUAUUUUCGCGCUAUAUUUUAUAUUAAGCUAUAUGUUAGGUUUAUGUUUGUAAUAUUUAUGUCUAUUUGUUGGCCUAAGUGAGCUUCAUGCUGCAGGUCCUGUUCACCAAGUCUUCAUUCAACCUCUAGAUAUUUUAUAUGUCACAGGAAGUGAACAGUUUGCUGGUGUGGUCUUAGUUGCACUAUUUUCAAACACCAGCUGGGUGUAGUGGGAUCUACCUUAUGCUCUGCACCCUUGCAGAGAUCCUAAAGUACAAAAGGUGCAGGAUGUAGGGACGGGGCCAGGAACAGUCUGAAGCUCACUUUGGUUUAGCGCUACAGUCAUCUCACAUUGGUGGGAGGAGGGUCUAAAACGCACAUGGCCUGGUCCUUUCCCGUCAGUGGACACUACAUUGGGUGCCUCUAGUGUGAAUGUUGAAUGCCUCCGUCUGUUCAUGUCACUUUAUCAUCACGCCUCCAUCAUGUCCAGGGUUCAGCACAUACAUUAAAACACUGAACACGUGCACGCCUUCAACACUAAUCAUUUGGACCAAGCCCUUGACAGGUACAAACAUUGCAUUUAUAGUGAGUAAAUUCACAUUUACUGGUUUUCAUGCGUUGGCAGUGCACCGUGGCCUGUACUGUUGCUGUCCCUGUUUCUUCACAGCUCUACACGUUGGGAGAUGGGGGAGUUAUCUUUUAACAGAAGACGUUAAAAACUGUAUAAAGUAGAGAAAACAAUGACUUAAAGGUAAAUCGUAAUGGAAACUCAUAAGCUGUACAUUUGUAAUAAAAUAAUAAAACAAGUUAAUUGUCA